AAAAUCAACGUGCAUUGUGCAGUUUCGUGGGCCGCAGAGCGCCAUCUGCUGUCGGCGCUCAUCUUUACACCGGAAAUACGAAAUGCUGCUUCCCGGAAAUACGCGGGCUUGUGGCGCGAAAUCACAGGACCUACACUGGUGGUGAAGAUGAGCAAACGGAGAUCAGCCGCUCUCACUGAAGCCCAGUGCGUCUCUCUGGCUCAGAAGCUCCUGCGGGAGAGACUGUGUCAUCAGAAGCUGCCGGAUCGACCCGUGGGUCUGGACUCACAGUACAAGCACUUGCUGGAGCUGCUGAGACGCACAGCUGUUCAUGGAGAAAGUAACUCGGUCCUUAUUGUUGGUCCACGAGGAUCCGGUAAAACUAUGCUGCUGGGUUGUGUUCUCCGGGAGCUCAUGAGUCUGAAGGAAGCGCACAAGAAUGUUCUUCUGGUGGAGCUGAACGGUCUUCUGCAGACAGACGACAAAAUCGCUCUGAAAGAAAUCACGCGCCAGCUGCACCUGGAGAACGUCGUAGGAGACAAAGUGUUUGGGAGCUUUGCAGAGAAUCUGGCUUUUCUCUUAGAAGCUCUCAAGAAAGGUGAUAAGAGCAGCAGUCGUCCCGUGCUGUUCGUGUUGGAUGAGUUUGAUCUGUUCGCUCAUCAUAAGAACCAGACGUUGCUGUAUAAUCUGCUGGACGUGUCUCAGUCUGCGCAGGCGCCGGUCGCUGUGGUGGGACUCACCUGCAGACUGGACGUGCUGGAGCUGCUGGAGAAGCGAGUGAAGUCUCGGUUCUCUCACAGACAGAUUCAUCUGUUCAGCUCGCUCUCGUUCGGUCAGUAUGUGGAUGUGGUUCGCGCUCAGCUCCGUUUGCCUCAGGACUUCCCAGAUCCCAAAUUCUCCAACGAUUGGAACCACAGCGUCACGAAAUUAUGUGAAGAUAAGUCGGUUGAGGAGAUUUUGAAGAGACACUUUAACGCCAGUAAAGAUUUCCGCUCUCUGCAUUCACUGCUGUUUCUGGCUGUAAGUCGAGUGUCGGUCUCUCAGUCGACUCCGCGUGAGGCUGAUCUUCUAGAGGCCAGUCGCUUGAUUUCUGCCGAUUCGAAAGCAAUCAUCCUUCACGGUCUGUCUAUUCUAGAGCUGUGUUUGAUUAUUGCUAUGAAGCAUCUGAAUGACACUUAUGAUGGAGAACCCUUCAAUUUCCAGAUGGUCCAUAAUGAGUUUAAGAAGUUCAUUCAGAGGAAGUCUCACUCCAUCCAUAAGUUUGAGAAGCCCGUGGUGAUGAAGGCGUUUGAGCAUCUGCUGCAGCUGGAGCUGGUGCGUCCGGUGGACUCCGGCGCGUGUAAAGUUCAGCGCGAGUAUCAGCUGAUGCGGCUGAUGCUGGAACACGGUCAGGUGAUGGAGGCGCUGCAGAGGUACCCGCAAUGCCCCACAGACGUCAAACAGUGGGCCCUCUCGGCCUUCGCCUGAACACGUGCUGAAAUAUGCAUUUGUAAAUUAGAAUGUAUGUAUAUAGAUUUUUUGGGUUGGUUUGUUUACAAUAA